GCUCGGUCGGAUGCAUGUAAUAGACGGGCGAGAUUAACUCCUUCCCGUCAAUAGCUUACAUUUUGCUUUAGCCAAGAGAAAGAGAGAACAUUUUGUGAUAGCGCCAUAGCCAGCCGGCCCCCCCCCCGACUACGCAAGCAUAGAGAGCAAGGGAUCUAGAGCAUAGCUUAGGGCAGUGAUAAUCUCCAUCACGGCGGCUCCUUGGAGGGGUGUUGUGUGAGCGACAGAUCGAUCGCGCAAAAGCUGCGGGAGGGUUGGGCUCCAAUCCGGCCUCCUCGAUGCAUCUCGGGGGAUUCCAGCGGCCAGGAGAUUCUGUGCCAGGAGCCAGGAGCAUCGAUUUCAAGCAGGGCUGAGUGGAUUUCCUUCUCCCCGAGCACGGAAGCUAGACCGUCUUGACGGAUUCCCAGGUGUUAAACGAAGGAAUAGAGUUUUUUAGAGUAGAACAGGAAAUAAACAGGAAGAACAGGGAAGAACAGGGAAGAGACACAAGGGGGAGGGGGAAUGGAGGGGCUGGGCGAUGGGUAUGAGGCAUUUGUAGAGCGGCUCCAGUCGGAUUUCGCCAAGAACUCUGCGAAUGGGAAUUCUGGGUCAUCACUGCCGUCUCACUCGCGCUAUGUGGGCUACCCAUCUUCAAACAAUCAUGGCUUCUCGGUCAAGCAGGAGGCCUCGCCGACGCUCUCGGACUCCUCGCUCGUGUCCGUGUCCAAAGACGUAACCAUGCACGACGCUGUGACUUCUCCCGGCAACUCGAGCGUGAGUGGUCCUCUUAAAGCUCCAAGCCCGGCUCACAGCUUCAGCACGGAUGUGAACCGUAUGCCGGACGCUCCACCUCGGCCUCGCGGCCAUCGCCGCGCUCAGUCGGAGAUCACGUUUUGUCUGCCCGACGAUGCGUCCUUCGAGCGAGAGCUUGGACUCCAGAGCCCGGCAAUGCCUGCGCUCUCGGACGAGGCCGGGGAGGAUCUCUUCAACAUGUACAUCGACAUGGAGAAGAUGUCGGACAGCACCGAGGCGAAGAAGGCUCUUGCGGCCAGCAAGCUUGCCGAGCUUGCUCUUAUUGAUCCAAAGCGAGCCAAAAGAAUACUUGCAAACCGGCAGUCAGCUGCUCGCUCGAAGGAGCGCAAGAUGCGUUACAUCUCCGAGCUGGAGCGUAAAGUACAAACGCUCCAGACGGAAGCCACAACACUAUCGGCUCAGUUGACGAUGCUUCAGCGGGAUACAACGGGGCUGACCACAGAGAACAACGAACUGAAACUUCGGCUAACCGCCAUGGAGCAACAAGGACAGCUCCGAGACGCUUUAAACGAUGCACUCAAGGAGGAAGUCCAAAGGCUGAAGUUGGCCACUGGCCAACUUACAGGCCCGGGGGGCCAGCAGCAGCAGCUGUCGAUCAACGCGCAGUACUUCCAGAUGCAGCAGCUCCAGCAGCUCCAGCAGCAGGCACAGAACGCGAUCGACAGCCAACAGCAGCAACAAUCGCAGCGCUCACCACCGUCUCAGCCGCAGCAGCAGCAGCAGCAGCCAGGAGCUCACCCCGAGUUCCUCCCGCGGGGGAACUACAUGGGAGCCUUCGUCAAGUCGGAAGGCUCUCCAAUCGCCGUAAGUCAGCCAAGUAAUCCAUCCUUUUGAUCCAAAGAAGCCGCGAGCUCCAGGCCAGGAACUUUUAUCUAUAGCCAUCACCCAACACCACGAAGAACAAACAUAUGUUAUACCAGAGGUCUGGAGCUUCGAUUUCUUUGAUCAGGGGAGACACUUCUUACUAUCGCAGCUUAGCUUGUAGCGAGAUAGAACGUGACCGAAAGAAAAAAGAACAAAAAAUUCUAUUC